AAAUAUAGAAGAAUAGAAGCUACAGGGUGAAGAGGAUCAGGUGAGACAUUAACAUCUUACAGGUGAGACGUCUCCUGACAGAUGAACCUUUUCUGGUCCAGGUUCUGUUCCGAUUCUCAGGGACUCACCAUGUGUCCGCUGUUGCUCGUCAUCUUGAUGCUGCUCGGUGCAACAAGCUCAGCAUCCCCACCCUUUCCUGCUGAAGGCAGCGCGGGCCUGGAGUUCGUCUUAGCUUUCCCGGAGAACAUCGCCUACUACUACCCCUUCCCCCCCACCAACAUGGUCCAGAUCACGGCCCUGUACAACAACACCAACGUCACCAUUGACCAGCAGAGCUUUCACACCGAGAACCACAUGCUGAGUGAAGGACAGUCGAAAGACUUCAUAAUCGACGCCAGGUUGGAGUUUCGGUGGUGUUCCUUCUCCAAAAGCAUCCUCCUGAUCCACAGCACCAGCCCUGUCUUGGUGAACGCCAUCUACUUUAAAAACAACAGCGUACAGACGGCUCUAGUGCUGCCCACCAACCGGCUGGCCACAGAGUACUUCGUACCCCCGGUGCCAGACAUCGAAGGGACCACGCUGUCGCAGGCCAUCUUCACCCUCAACGUCACAGAGAGAAGUUUGUUCCAGCUCACUAUCAUCAAUGGAAAACACCAGAACACAAUAAACUUCACCGGUGGAGACCUCAGCGUCUCACUGAAGCCGCACGACGUCUUCCAGACCUGGGUGCGCAAAGGAGGCGCUCUACGCUCCCUGGCGGCCAAUCAGCCGGUGUCGGUGCUCUUCGGUCACACCUGCGCCAUCCGGAUCAACUGCACCUGUGGGCAGCUGAUGGCCUCACUUCCGCCAGCAACGGACAACCUGCAGAAGUUCUACAUCCCUCCCAGGCCUGCUCGGUGGAACCGAAAGGGUCUGUGCUGUGUCAAACAGAAACAGGUCUGAAAUAAAAGCCUUCACAGCGACU